AUGUCGACAACCUCCCAGGAUGCAACUGGCGUCGACCACGAUAACCUACGGCACGUUGUCAUCACGUCUACGUGUUUCGCCUUCAUCCUGUCUACUACGGCGGUCGGAUUUCGAAUUCUGUCUCGAAAGAUCAAUGGAACUGGUCUGUUCAUAGACGACUAUCUCAUGCUGUCAGCCCUGCUGGAACAGCAGUCUAAUCAUGCGUGGAAGCUUUGGGAAUGGGGAAUCUCAAUCGCUGGUGUCGUCCUUCUUUACAAUGGUCUAGGAACACAUAUUGUUUAUGUGAAGCCUGAGCAGCUCACCGUUUACUUGAAGACCCUUUUCACUGGUUCAAUUCUCUACACACUUUGCGUCGCCUCGAUCAAACUUUCCAUCUUGAUGCUUUACAAACGAUUGUUCCCCGUGAAACCUAUGGACAUCGCUGUCAAGGUUGUGUCGAUGAUUAUCAUUCUCUGGGCCGCCUGCGGUAUUCUAGCGGGCUGCUUUACUUGCAUUCCGACAGAAAAGCUCUGGAAUCCCAUGAUUCCCGGUGGUUGUAUGGACCUGGGCAAGUUCUACUAUGGCCUGCAGAUCCCCAACAUUGUGACAGACGCAAUCAUCUUGGUCAUGCCCAUGCACACUGUCUGGGGAUUGCCUAUUUCCAAGGCGCAAAAGACUGGUCUCUCGAUCAUUUUUGUUUUGGGCUUCUUGACUCUCAUUUUCGAUAUCGUCCGACUGGUUUCCCUCAUUGAUUUGUCAAAGGCAGGAGAUGACAUUACUUAUACCCAAGUCAACCCUAGUGUAUGGACGUGCAUUGAGCCCGCCGUGGGUAUUGUAGCGGCUUGCCUGUCGAACAUGCGUCCGCUGUUCAAGCUCGUACACCGGAAGGUCUGGAUGCGUCAUGUGGGCUCGACCAAAAACACCAGCCAGCAGGAGAUUGUUGGAAGCAACAGCGAGAAGCGCUGGACUCGAGACACUACUCGAGACACACCUAGCCCGACCCUCCAUUCGCAGACAACGCACUCCCAAGAAAGCCCCGCUUGA